CGCGAGAAGCUUCUCUUUCAGAAAAACCCUAAAUUUGUUAAAAAACCAAAAGGCCGCCCUUUUUUCUUAAUACGACUUCUCCCUAUUAUUCUUUUGUUGAGUGUUCAUACUGGUUCGUUUUCACUUCCCGCCAUUUUCUUUCAGCAGCGAUGCCGGUCCUAAGAUCCCGCGAAAUCCUUCCGGUCCAACCCAAGCCCCUAAAAGCUCGGGCCAAUAUCGACCCGCCCGCCACUCCCACUCAAGGCCGCGAACAACCCGCCACUCGUUCAUCGCCGCCUUCACUCACUCCCUCCCCUAAAACUCUUGGUUCAGUUUCCGGUUCCGCACCCAUACUUCGGCGGAGCCUUCGUCUUUCUACGAAAGCUUCGUCCAAUGCCGGCCAGGAUGGUGUUUUGGAGGCGGAGGAACCUAUCGAACGACGAAACGGUGACGUUUCGAGAAAGAGGAAGUUGAGUGCGGAUAACGAUGUCGGUUUGGAGAGCGGCGAGGAUGAAGGGGUAUUGAGUUUGCGGUCGGGGAAGAGGGUUACUAAGAAGGGUCCAUUUGGCGACGGCAACGGCAGCGGAGGCGAUGUAGAGGUUGAAAUUGACAGGAAAGGUAAAAGCAUGUUAGUGGAAGAGAGUGAAGAUACUGAGAAACCGGAAAGAAGCAAGGAGAGAGUGAAUGUGAAGGGAAAAAGGAGAUAUAGUAGAGAAGAGAAAGGGAAGGGGAAAUUGCUUGUAGAGAGUGCUUUGGAAUCUAAAGAUGAGAGUUUAGUUGACGGUUCAGUUUCCGACGUUGAACUUCUAGCACAGGAAGUGAAUUUGUCUAAUGAAAAGCCAAGUAAGAAGAAUAAUAGGAGAACAAGUCAGGGGAGAAUGGAGCGGUUUCGAGAUACGGCUAGGGAAAAUGCUUCUCGAUUUGCCCAUUUCAACACCCAGGAAGAAGAUGAUAACAUUUUAUCAACGGAGGCUGAAAGCGAAAUUCCGUCCGAAGAACCUGAAGAAAAGGGUGUUGAAGAUUGGCCGGGUCCUUUCUCUACUGCUAUGAAGAUUAUAAGGGAUAGAGCAGCGAAUUUGAACGUAAGACAGGGGAGUUCUUCCUCGGACAAGGUACAGUACUUACAAAUUAAGUGGGUUCCUCAAAAGGGUAAAAGAAAAGACUGGUCAAAGCGGCUGCCUCCAUCAUUGCUUGAUUUGAGCUUGAGGGUUCUUGUCGAUAAUGCAGAUGCGAUUGCUUCGCUUGCUCAUGUGCCUGAUGCUCUGAGACACAAGCUCUGUCAUAUGCUCUGUGACUCGAGGCGAAUGAAUAGUAACUUUUUUGAUCUCCUUCUUAACGGAUCCCCUAUUGAAAUUCGCCUCAAAGAUUGUUCAUGGCUAACUGAGGAACAGUUCAAUCAAUGUUUUGAAAAGUGUGACACUAUCAACUUGACGAUUCUCCAACUUGAUUACUGUGGCCACUGCUUAGCGGAUUAUAGUUUACCUUCUACCUUAGCUCGGUCGCCGAACAGCUUGCCUGCACUAACCACUUUGUCAUUGACUGGUGCAUAUCGUCUUUCAGAUGCCGGGCUUAGUGCUCUUGUUUCUUCUGCCCCUGCAUUACGAUCUGUAAAUCUCAGCCAGUGUUCAUUUCUUACCCACAGCGCUAUUGACAUUUUAGCUACCUCCUUGGCAUCAGUUCUACUGGAACUAUUUAUCGAUGAUUGCCAAAGUAUUGAUGCAAUGCUGGUUCUGCCAUCAUUGAAGAAGCUGGAGCAUUUGGAAGUGUUGUCAGUAGCAGGGUUGGAGUCUGUAACUGAUAGUUUUAUCAAGGAAUUUCUUAUUGCAAGAGGCGAUGGUAUCAAGGAACUGAUUUUGAUGGAUUGUUGGAAAUUAACUGAUUCUUCCUUGAAAAUCAUUGCGGAAACCUGUUCAAAUUUACGAGCACUUGACAUUGGUAACAUAUCCAAACUGACAGACACUUCUUUCGGCUACCUGGCCAGUGGUUGUCGGUCAUUGCAGUCAUUGAAACUCUGCCGCAAUGCAUUCAGUGAUGAUGCUAUAGCUGCAUUUCUUGAAAUGUCUGGGGAGGUUUUGAAAGAGCUAGCACUGAACAAUGUUGGGAAGGUUGGUCUUAAUACAGCCUUAUCACUUGCGAGGCGUUCAAGAAAUCUGGUUAGUCUGGAUCUAUCUUGGUGCCGAAAUCUGACUGAUGAAGCUAUGGGCUUGAUUGUAGAUAGCUGUUUAUCGCUGAGGGUGCUUAAACUUUUUGGAUGCUCUCAGAUUACAGACGUCUUUUUGUAUGGCCAUUCUAAUGCCAAGGUAGAAAUCAUUGGUUUGAAGUUGUCUCCAUUACUGGAACAAAUCAAAACACCAGCUCAGGGUCCAUUGCAGUACACUUCAGUAUCAGUUGGGUGUCAGUGACCAGUCAUAGCCAUGUGAUGUAUACCGGAAACGUGUAGGUGGCAACUAAAUUUUCUAGUGAAGUGCUAACAGUUUGAUGUCUAAAGAAACAAGGACAUUUUUUUGUCGUUCUGUGAUGCUCUCUUUUGUUGAAUACCUGUCUAAUGAGUCGCAUCAUUAAUGGCUUUUUCAUGAAUGAAAUUCAUGUUUUGAGAAAUAACAAA